CUUUCUCAUUCGAGAUGUGACGUAGCGGGUGCUGCGCGCCGUGGAUUGACCUUCCUAACCUAUAAAAUCGCAUGUCACCGACUGGCAUCCACGAAAUACUGGUUCAACGAAAUUGACACUGUCAAUUUGACAGAGACAUCGAAUACCGACUUUCAACAUGUCCAGGGGGAUGCACUGCGGAAAGUGCAUUAGAAAUUUCAUCGUGCGACUGAAAUCCGCGAAUCCCGAUCGUUUUCGAUCGGUUCGCGCGAUCCACGACGCUCCCAGGUUUUUACACUCUCGCUCCGCGAUCAACGGGCACGCAAACGAGAGAGUUUCCGUGGAUCAAAAAGUGAUGAGGAACUCGAUCAAAGAUGCACCUUCCUUGAAGGAUUUCCUAGCAUCGUCGAUAGCUGUUGACGUUACCCCCAGUGAGGAAGCUAUUCCGUACGUGCAGGAUAUUCGUGGCGAGAAUCAGAAAGUGUACAUCAAAAUUUACGGCUGCCAGAUGAACGUGAAUGACGCUGACAUAAUAUGGUCGAUCCUAAAGUCUCACGGCUACAAACAUACGCAGAGUUUGGACGAUGCGGACAUUGUGCUGCUCGUUACCUGUUCCAUCAGAGACGGCGCGGAACAAAAGAUAUGGAACAAGCUGGAGACUCUAAACCACAUGAAGAAAAAGAAGAAAGCAAUACUUGGAUCAUCUAUGAAGAUUGGUCUCUUGGGAUGCAUGGCCGAGCGCCUAAAGACUAAAAUAUUAGAAAAGGGAAAACUCGUUGACGUGAUAGCAGGUCCCGACAGUUACAAGGAUCUGCCGAGACUUCUGGCAGUGACGGACGACGAAACGGCUGUUAACGUUGUCCUGUCGUUCGACGAGACGUAUGCGGACGUCGCGCCAGUUAGACUCGACCAGGAUUCCAUCAGGGCAUAUGUUUCCAUAAUGAGAGGCUGCGACAACAUGUGCAGCUACUGCAUCGUACCGUUUACGAGGGGAAGAGAGAGAUCCCGACCGAUCGCGAGCAUCGUCGACGAGAUCCGACAGCUGUCGGAUCAAGGCGUAAAGGAAGUGACUCUGCUUGGACAAAAUGUAAACAGUUACCGAGAUCUGUCGCAAUCGGAAUUUCCGAUGUCCGCUGACAGCGAGACUCGUCUCGCAGAAGGCUUCACAACCGUAUACAAGAAGAAAAAAGGUGGCUUAAGAUUUAGCGAUCUUCUGGACAAGGUCUCGUUGAUCAAUCCGGAAAUGAGGAUAAGAUUUACGUCUCCGCAUCCCAAGGAUUUUCCCGACGAGGUGUUGCGCUUGAUAGCCGAGAGAGCAAACAUCUGUAAGCAGAUUCACUUACCCGCUCAGAGUGGCAACUCGACGGUCUUGGACAGAAUGCGGAGAGGAUACACCAGGGAAGCGUAUCUGGACUUGGUGGAUCAUAUCCGUGAUAUUGUUCCGAGUGUAUGCUUGAGCAGCGACUUUAUCGCUGGGUUCUGCGGCGAGACCGAGGAGCAGUUUCAGGAUACGUUGUCGUUGAUAGAGAACGUCAAGUACAACAAUGCCUACUUCUUCGCCUACAGCAUGCGCGAGAAAACUAAAGCACAUCGGCGAUACGAGGACGACGUUGAACUGCACGUAAAGCUGGAGCGUGUGGGACGCAUGGUCGCGAUGUACAGGAAGGAACUGAAAAAAUUGAAUGCAGCGCAAGUAGGCCAGCAUCAGCUUGUUCUUGUCGAGGGCACGAGUGUCAGAAGCGAUGAAAAUUUACAAGCCAGAAACGACGGCAACGUGAGGGUGAUUCUACCAUCCACGGCAGUUCCAGUUGAUCGGUACUCCGACGUGACGAGGGAGAUACAGGCUGGUGAUUACGUCGUCGUACGGAUCGACGAUGCCAACGUGCAGACGCUGCGAGGGGCUUCAAACGACGGCAUUCCGCCACCCGGCGCUGUAACAGGAUUCCCGUCGGCGACGCCAAACAUUGCAUCUAGCUUUGUGCCACCCAUUAUGCCCACGGCGCCCUUCAUUCCGCCACCCAGUUUACCGCCAGGUCCUCCGGGCAUAAUGCCACCACAGUUUUCCAUACCCCCGCCAGGUUUUACCUUCCCUAUCACCGCGGCAGCUCCCCCGGAGCCUGGAGUAAUAGCUGCAUCGUCACAGAUAACAGCGCCAGGGAUUCCACCCCCAUCGCCUCUCGGCAACGGCCCCGACGCCACCGCGGCAAUGUCCGUCUCCGCGACGGAGAAGAAGACCGAUUGGAGCGAGCACAAGGCACCGGACGGCAGGACUUAUUACUAUAACAACAUCACGAAGCAGUCAUUGUGGGAGAAACCGGAUGAACUUAAAUCCUCGAACGAGUUGCUGUUAUCUCAAUGUCCGUGGAAAGAGUACAAGUCGGAGAACGGCAAGGUGUACUAUCACAACGUGACCACCAAGGAGUCUAGGUGGACGAUACCGCCGGAAUUGGAAGAACUGAAAACGCGAAUCAUCGCCGAGGAAGCGGCGGCGGCCGCCGCGGCGGUCGUGGCGAACGCCACCAACUCCAAUAUAGUUCCCGUGGCUAUGCAGCAUCUAUCGCCGAAUGUGCCGACUGUGUCGCAGACCAGCACACCGGAGCCGGGCGGAAAGUCCGCGAUCGAGCAGGCGAUGGCCGCGACCCUCGCAGCGAUCAAUAUCCCGACGCCUCCCGCGAAGCCAGACGAGGACAGUAAUUCGGCAAAGGGCUCGACUAAUGAUAGUCGCACCAGCACGCCCGAGCCGAAGAUGCAGUUCAAGGACAAGAAGGAGGCGAUCGAGGCGUUCAAGGAAUUGCUGAGGGAGAGGGACGUGCCGUCGAACGCCACGUGGGAGCAGGCGGUGAAAUUGAUACAAAAUGAUCCCAGAUACCCGCAAAUGAAGAAACUCAACGAGCGUAAGCAAGCUUUCAAUUCGUACAAGACGCAGAAAUUGAAAGAGGAGCGCGAGCAAGAGAGACUUAGAUUGAAAAAGGCCAAGGAGGACCUGGAGCAAUUCUUGUUGGAUAACGACAGGAUGAUGAGCACGACCAAGUAUUACAAGUGCGAGGAGCUGUUUGGUAAUUUGGAAGUCUGGCGCGCGGUUGGUGAUUCUGAUCGCCGUGAUAUCUACGAAGACGUGAUCUUCAAUCUGGCGAAACGUGAGAAGGAGGAGGCGAAGCAACUGAAGAAACGGAACACCAAGAGACUGGCGCAAGUCCUGGACACCAUGACCGAGGUGACGUACAGGACGACGUGGCAGGAAGCACAAGCGCUAUUGUUGCAAUAUCCAGCUUUCGCGGAAGACGCGGAUCUGUUGGAGAUGGACAAGGAGGAUGCCCUGAUUGUCUUUGAGAAUCACAUUCGCCAACUGGAGAAGGACGAGGAGGAGGAGAAGGAGUGCGAAAAGAAACGCAGGAAACGGCAGGAGAGGAAGAACAGGGACGGCUUCAUAUAUCUACUCGAUGAGCUUCACGAACAAGGCAAACUCACGUCCAUGUCCUUGUGGGUAGAAUUGUAUCCAAUGCUGUCCGCCGAUUUACGGUUCUCGGCAAUGCUCGGACAGUCGGGUUCGACUCCGUUGGAUCUCUUCAAAUUCUACGUCGAGGAUCUCAAGUCUCGGUUCCACGAUGAGAAGAAGAUUAUCCGCGAAAUACUCAAAGAUAAGAACUUUGAGGUGCAGGUCAACACGACCUUCGAGGAGUUCGCCACGGUCGUGUGCGAGGAUCGAAAGUCGGCCACUCUCGACGCCGGCAACGUUAAACUCACGUAUAAUCUACUGCUGGAGAAGGCAGAGGCGCGCGAGAAGGAACGCGUCAAGGAGGAAACGAGAAAGUUCAAAAAGUUGGAGACCGGCUUCAAGAAUUUGCUGAAAACGCUAAACGUCGAUUAUCAGAUGACGUGGGAGGACGUGAGGACGAAAAUCGAGGAGGAGCCGGACUUCAAAGCGAUCACUUUGGAGAGCGAGAGGAUACGGAUAUUCAAAGAGUACCAACACGAACUCGAGGAGAGUUGCAGUCACCACCACAUUAGGAGCAAGAAGAAGAAGGCGAAGAAAUUGAAACACAAGUCGCGAUCGCGUUCGCACAGCGAUUCGGAAGGUAGCGAGAAAGGCAUGAGGAAGAAGUCGCGGCACAAGUCACGUUCACCCAGUAUCCCGAGCAAGUCGGACAGUUCCGAGUCGGAAACGAGAAAGUCGAAGAAAAAGAAGAACAAGAAGAAGAGGGGUCGCAGUCAUUCCCGCUCACACUCGAGACUUCCAUCUUCCGAGGAGUCUCCGGAGAGGAGACGGAAGGAGGAGAAGCACAGGAGGCCUUCGAUCCACAGCGAGGGAUCGGUCACGGAGACCAACGAGCACCACGAGCUCUCCGAGGACGAGCUGGAGAAACAGAGAGCGCAGCUCCUGCGCGAGUUGCAAAUGCAGCAAGAGGAGAACUAGAGACGCCUUUGACGGCGCGUUUGCAACGUUUGGUCGUUCCAAAGCUGGCGAGCAUCAGGACAUUACGAUAAUCGUAUGCACUUCUCCGGGACACUUUCCGACAAAUAGGAGCGCAAUUGUGAACUUUACAAGACUCUCUUUGUGAAAUAUGCGUAAAAAGCCGCGCAUGAGUAGAGCAUUCAACGUUUUAUUUUUAAAUAUAUGUUUGAACAUACACAGACACACGUACACAUGUAACGACGUUUAGGUAAAAAUAGAUUACUUUACGUAAUGCA